CAAAUCAAACAUAUUAACUAAUUCCUUUGAGUCUCUCUUUGACAUCUUCAUACCUAACUAACUUUGUCUUCUUUCUCUAUUCCUUAAAUCAUCAAUGGACUCUUCACAUUUUUUCACUCUCCAACACAGAAGGAUCACACCAACAACUUAUCACAGUUUGCUCUUCAUCAGAUAAUUCAUCUUUUAUAUCAUACAUUCUUUCUUUUUUUCUCAAACCAAAAAAACAAAAAAUAUUGGUGUUCCUUCAAGAUAUUAUUAUUAUACAUCAACCAUGUUGCAGGAUGUUUUUGAUCCGCCACUCCCAUCAAAUUCAAAUCCAGAUCAACAACAACAUCAGCAUCAUCAAAAUCAACAUCAACAACAGCAGCAACUCUCCGUUGAUGAAAUUUCAAGCCCUCUUAGCGCCGCGCAAAUUUUCGAGCUAUGUAACCCUGAGUUAUUUCCGGAAGCUUUGCAGAAUUCUGAGGUUACAUCAAGCUCGAAUUGUUGCUAUGAAGAGAAUUCCUCGUAUGCGACAAAUAUAUUAGAUGUAGAAACCAAGUUCAAUAACGUAGAAACUAAGUUCAAUAAUAGCAAUAGCAAUAACACAGUAGUCGUCACAACUCCAACUAGCACCAACAACAUCAACAAUAACAAUAACAAUAACAAUUCCAACAAUAGCAAUAAUCUAUCUGUUAUCUUUGAUUCGCAAGAAGAAAUCGACAAUGACAUAUCUGCCUCCAUAGAUUUCUCACUAUCACCAUCUUUCAAUGUUCCUUCAUUCCUUCCAGUAACAUCAACACAGCAAGUAGAACAAUUUGAUUUCAAUUCUCAUGUUCAACAGUUAACCGCAUGUUCAUCGGUCGAAGGCUUUUCACAGUAUCAUAAUCCGAAUGAUUCAGUUGCACCUCUUAUGGGAGCUCCAUUAUCAUUACCACCUGUUUUUGAAGAGGAUUGCAUAACUUCUGUGCCUUCUUAUGUUCCUUUGAAUCCUUCAUCUCCUUCUUGCAAUUAUCUUAGUCCUGCUGGAAUGGCCGGGUUCAUGCCUAAUGGCCCUCUUACCACUGCUUUGUCUACUGAUAGUUCUGGUUUGUUUGGUGGAAACAUUCUUCUCGGUCCUGAACUUCAGACACAAGAAAUUGAUUAUCAAGGAGAUAGUGGUAGAAUUUAUUGCGCAGAUCCUAUUCAGAGGGUGUUUAACCCUCCUGAUCUUCAGGCUCUUAAUACUGAGAAUCAACAACUAGUAGCUGGUUCUGGAAGUUCUGCUAAUUUAACACCAGAAAUCUCAAACUUGGAAGACUCGACUUUCAAAGUUGGAAAGCUUUCGGUUGAAGAAAGGAAGGAAAAGAUUCAUAGAUACAUGAAGAAAAGAAAUGAAAGAAACUUCAGCAAGAAAAUUAAGUAUGCAUGCCGCAAAACACUGGCUGAUAGCAGACCUCGAGUUAGAGGACGGUUCGCAAAGAAUGAUGAUUUCGGAGAGGCACAAAGAACUGCUAGUGGAAAUCAUGAAGAAGAAGAUGAAGAAGAGGUAGUUGUGAAAGAGGAAGAUGAUAUGGUUGAUUCUUCAGAUAUAUUUGCUCAUAUCAGUGGAGUGAACUCAUUCAAAUGCAACUAUUCAAUUCAAUCAUGGAUUUAACUCAAUAGUUUAUUAAUUAGUUUAUGUAGAUUUUUGCAUGGCCUUGUUCCAAUCCAGAUUUCUCCUAUAUGAUUGGGUUUGAUGGAUGAGGAAGUUGAAUAAUUGAGGUCCUAUAUACUAAUAAAAAUAAAGUGAAUGAAGAAUAUAAAUAUAUAUAGCAUGUAUUCUCAUUACUUGUAUCAACCUAUAAAAAGGUUGAGUUGAGUUAUCAUUUUGUGUGGUUUCUUUUAUAUUAGUUGGAAACUACAUUUUUCUUUUAUCCUACCUAAGCACAUGUUUUUGAAUGUAU